CUGCGAGUUAUUAGCAUUUAUGAAGGAAGACUUAAAAAAUGUACUACAAGCUUCCGUACAGAAACAAUGGGAUGAAGUUCGUCGUGCUAUGUCUGCUUUCACAUAUUUCGAAGGACUCGAUGAGGUGGCGCGUCGUGAAGGUUGCACAGUUGCGAAGAUGAAAUCUUAUGAGACAAAUGAAACGCUGCUCGGAGACGGCGUGGGAGUACCCAAUUUCGUCUAUUUUACGCUAUCAGGGCGAUGCCAAAUGAUAGAGUCUCUUCAAGUCAUUGUAACUACGCGCUUCGGGAAAAAAUCCUUCACUCUAUACGACCCUUAUGUUUUAAAAGAGGAAAGUGAUCAGGAUUUAGAUGCGAAAUACUUCGGGGCUUACAAAAAUUUGAAUAAAGAAGAAUGUGAUACUGAUGCAACAGUAGUAAACGAAGAAGAUCAAGUUGAAAGUUUAAGCAAGAGAGGUUCUUUGAAACGAGAUAAUGGUCAGAGAGUAGAAAAUGAAGGCGGAACGGAAAAACUCAGUAAAGGUAGUGUUGAUUUCGAAAUUCCAGAAGAAGCAAAAUCAGAAGAGCUAUUGACGUCCACGUCCCAUUCAAAUAGAGAUCAUGUAAGAAUAAUUGCUGACGCAAUUAGUGAAGAUGUUUCAGUGAUGCCAAUACAAAAUCUUCGAACUUAUUUUAUGCAGGUUUGUAAAUUUGAUCCUGGUUCAAGUUUUGGCUUUGGAGAAAACAUGCGCGAUCGUCGCAUCGUUGCCCUGACUCCUGUUAGCUGCAUGCUUCUUCCUAAGAUAUGGCUUCUUCAGCGUAACACUGCUAAUAUUUGGACACGGAUACAACAUUACUUGGAGAAAAAGAUACCCAAUAAAAGGCAGCUGUUCAAAGAGUUUGUAUCAGCACGACGAUGGCAGGAGUUCAAAGAAAGCUUGGUAGAAGAUGUAGUCUCUCGCUCGAACACAGUUAAUUGGACGACUGCCCAUGACGUGCCGUAUUCCAUCCGAAUGGACGAAAUGGUCUUUAUCAUCGAUGAUCCUGAAGAGCAAAUGAAAAGAAAAUUCCGUGCGAAAUGCUUGUUUCGUGCGUUAGGACGAUUGGUAAUGGCUAAUGCGUAUUGGCUGAUCGAGGGAAUAGACCAGUACGAAGGCACAGACGACGUGAAGCGCAGGGUGGAACAAGCUGUUAGAGGGAAGGCUAAGAAAAAGCAGUUGCUUAGUAUCAAAGAUAAAGCCCUGUUGAAUAAGAAUGCGGCAGAACGAACUGAGCAAGAAAAACGAUAUAUAUUUCGCAUAAUUGGAGGUCUUAAAUGUUUCAAGAGAUAUCCAAACCAUGUUAAGAAGAAACUAGCUGCUGCAACGUAUUUUAAGUACUACGGUCCUGGGCGAGUUAUCGUUCGACAACACCAGGAGGCCCAUGCUAUGUAUUUCAUUAUCAGCGGCGACGUGACGGUCAGCCAGCUUACAUUUGAUGAGCUGAUCCAGCAGCACGUGUCUGUGGAUGUUGGGGUCAUGCAUCCUGGGGAUAUGUUUGGAGAGGUUUCACUACUACACAACAUACCAAGGACUGCUACUGUAACUACUAAUGAUCACUGUGAGCUAUUAGCACUUAUGAAAGAGGACUUCAAGAAUAUACUUCAAGCGUCCAUCCAGAAACAAUGGGAUGAAGUUCGUUAUGCUAUGUCUGCUUUUACAUACUUCGAGGCGCUUGACGAGGUUGCGCUUCGUGAAGGUUGCAUAGUUGCAAAGAUGAAAACAUACGGUAUAAAUGAAACGCUACUCGGUGACGGUAUGGGAGUAGCCAAUUUCGUUUAUUUUGUUCUAUCAGGGCGAUGUCAAAUGAUAGAGUCUCUUCAAGUGAUUGUUACCACGCGCUUAGGAAAAAAAUAUUACGCUCUACACGACCCUUAUGUGCCAAAAGUGGAAAGUGAGCAGGAUUUUGAUACAAAAUACUUUGGCACUUAUAAACAUUUGAGUAAAGAAGAACGUGAGUCGGGUGUAACAAUAAAAAGUGAUAAAGAACGUGCCGAAAAUUCGAGUAAAUAUGAAUCUGUUUCCUUGAAACGCGGUUCUUUAAAAAGAGCAAGUGGUCCUAGAGAAAGUGGAGGUGAAAUCGAAACGUCUAUUAGUAAAGCAAGUGUUAAUUUCGACUUACAAGGAGAAGCAAAAUCGAAAGAGUUUGUAAAGUUCAGCGAGUUCUUUAAAGAGCAGCGAGAAUCUGUAAGAAUAAGCGUCUUUCCGGAAGAAACAGGCGCUGGUGAAUCCAUGCCAUUAAAAAACAUUCAAACUUAUUUUAUGCAGGUUUGUCAAUUUAAUCCUGGUUCGAGUUUUGGUUUCGGUGAAAACAUGCGAGACCGACGUAUCGUUGCCCUGACUCCUGUGAGCUGCAUGCUUCUUCCCAAGAUAUGGCUUCUUCAGCGUAACACUGCUAAUAUUUGGUCACGAAUACAACAUUACUUGGAAAAGAAAAUACCAACUAAAAAGCAAUUGUUCAAAGAGUUUGUGUCAGCACGACGUUGGCAAGAGUUCCGAGAAGAGUUAGUAGAAGAUGUUGUCUCCCACUCAAGUGCAGUUAAUUAUACUACCGUCCACGAUGUUCCAUAUUCCAUUCGCAUGGAGGAGAUGGUGGAUAUUUAA